GGGGGGGGAGGGGGGGCGAGAUCAUCCCUUAGGAGAAGGUUCACCAGAUCCUAUUCGUUGGAGGUGGGCGAGGACGUCGACGAGGUGGAGGGAAACUUCAAGGCGACGCUCGAUUCGGAGGUGGAGAAAGUGGUGCUCUUCUUUUUGUCCAAGCAGGGCGAGCUAGCGCAGCUGCUCCUCGACGCCAGACAGCUGCGGCCGUCGCAAAAGGACGGCUACAGCGCUGGCCGCAGCGGCGACGCGUUCUUUAUUGGCAACGGAGCAGGGGGGGAAGCUGCUACUGGCGGAAUGAUAGCUCGGGAGACUGACAGACACGCCAUCUACUGCAGCAUCGGCAGGCAGAUAGCGGAGCUCAUGAGAUUCCUGCAGCUGAACGUGUCGGGCUUGCGUAAGAUUCUGAAGAAGCACGACAAGCAGGUCAGGGACAAGCUUAUCGCCAAGAACUACCUCAGCACCCGGGCGAAGGAGAAGUACUCAUCGAUGCGGCAGCUGUACAACAAUGCCGGAGUCAUGGCACUUGUCGCAAGCCUCCGCAACGCUUUCGAAGUGGAAGAGGGAUUGCAGAUCCGCAUCCACCGAGGAUCCGUAGACGAGGAGAGGGGGCUGCUGUCGGCGAGGGCGAAGCACAGAACGUUGUCGGAAUUUUCUUGCACGGAGGGUGUUUUGGUGGAGAUCGCCAACCAGCAGAGAGCAUUGGCUGAGGCCCAGUACCUGACCACCUCAAAGUACCUAAGCCUUCAAGUACUGCUGGACGGAUCCGGACUGUCUACCGUCGAUGAGGGAAGUGAGCAGGAAUCUACGCACCGAGAGCUACACCGACCCAGCGCCUACAUCAAUCUCGCCACCACCUUCCUGUACAUGACCAACUACUACAUCGUAGGACCAACGUCGGCUGAGUACGCCGCGGCCCUGGGAGGGUCCCCCGCCGUGUCCGGCCUGAUCAUCGGCAUGACUCCCAUCGCGGCCUGCUUCUCCUGCCUCCUCUAUUCCUGGUGGACUAACACCUCGUUCAGGGGCCCGCUGCUGCUAUGCAGCGCCAUGCUCAUCGUCGGCAACUUCCUGUACGGCUUGGCCCUAACGUACGAUGCCUUCUGGAUGGUGCUGGUGGGGAGGUUGCUGAUUGGCCUGGGUGGCGCACGCGGGGUGAACCGUCGGUACAUUGCCGACACCAUCCCGAUCGCAAGCCGAACCGCCUACUCGGCCGCGUUCGUGGCGGCCGGUGCCCUGGGCAUGGCCUUCGGGCCGGCGGUGUCGGCGGUUGUGAUCGCGGUCGACUUCACCCUGGCCGGCGUGGAGUUCAACGGGCUGACCAACCCGGGAUGGAUCAUGUUCGUCUUGUGGGUGGUCAUGGGUGCCCUUAUCCAGUACGAGUUUCAGGAGCCGCCUCACUACAUGAGCGAUAACUCCGACCUAGGGUCCGACGAGCUCGACCGCUCCGCCAGCAACACCCCGACCCACGACCGCCUGCUGACGAAGCGAGCGGCGGUGGCGGCGGCGGACGAGAAGGGCAAGCUCACCGCGGCCAUCGGGGGCGGUGCCGGCGCUUACGGCUCGACGGCGGCGGGUGCGGCGGGCUUGAACAACGGGGACCAGCAGGAGAAGCUCUUGGAGGGGGGGGAUGUAGGGGGAACCGCGGUAGGAGAUGGGAGAGAUAACUAUGAGGGCGACCCGGCGGAGGAAGUUGAUGACUACGACUCGGAGGUGGAGCUUCCACGGGACGGGAAGAGCGGGGCUGGCGGGAAGCAGGGCGGGGCCGGGGGCAGCUUGGGUGCGGUCACGCCCCCGCUCGGGUUCUGCCUGUUCGGGUACUUCGUCAACAAGCUCAUCACCGAGAUGGUGGUCUCUUCGGCCCCCGUGCUGACGCAGUAUAGAUUCGACUGGUCCGUACGGGAGGUGGGGAUGCUGAUGGCGGUGCUCGGCAUGGUGGUGCUGCCGGUGAACGCGCUCGUGGGCCGGAUGAGCAUGUCCUGCGAGGACAGGGUUAUGCUCCAGGUGCUGGCGGUUUUCGCCGGCAUCGGCUGCCUCGUGAUGGUUGACUUUGCCGCGUCGCCGUUCCGUUACACGGAGGGGCAGUACGUCGCAGGGGUCAGCCUUGCGUUUGUGGCGAUGCAGGCUCACGAGGGGGUGAUCAUGUCGAUCACGUCGAAGAUCAUUCCCGUAGAGCUGGCCAAGGGCACGUGGAACUCGGGGUUCCUUGCGACCGAGGCGGGCACGUUCGGGAGGUUCGUAGGGGACGCGCUUAUCACAGUGCUCGGCGUCAUGACCCUGUCGUCGUUGGACUUCCUCCUGUUCUUCCCGUCGGUGGUUUUGGUGGUUGUGAUGAUGGGAGGCUUCUGGUUGGUAUACCCUUUCCUGCAGGGGCAUUAAAAAUGAAUCAGAAAAGAAAAAAAGAAUUCUGUGGAUUUGUUUGCAGUGUUGUGCACGCAACGCAAUCAUACCGAGGCUUCCCUGGAGCAGCAAGAAAAGCGGGUGGGGGAUGAGCCGCGUACCCGCACACACAAAACACACGAAAGAGGGAGUGGAGUGAGAGAGAAGAGAGAGAGCGAGGAAGAAAGGAAGGAACAUAGAGGGAAAGAGAGCGUGACAGAGCGCGAAGACUCCCUCUUCGCUGUUCUCGGCUGCUGCUGCUGCUGCUGCUGCUGCUGUUUGUGUUCUCUGCUAGGUGGUUGUGGUCGUUUGGGUGUUACUACAUGUAUGUCGAGCAUCUCAAGCCCAUCGUCCGCCAAACAUGUCCAUAUUGCUUUGCUGGCGCACCAUCCCAGAGCAAUGUUCGUGUUGCCGGCCUUGGUGCUGUAGUCAUCGUCUUCGCCAUCGCUGGUGUUGUCGUAGUUAUUUCUGCAUUUUUUUUUUGCUGUUUAGGGUGGUGUGCAUCGGUUUAUAUUGCAUUUUGGUUUGAUUUUUCGGUGUUUUUUCUAUUUUUCUGGUGGCCUUGGGUAAGAGCCCUUCCGUGUUAUGGGUGGGGUAGGAUAGGGUCUGAUCGGAGCUGCCCUCUGCACCUUUUCAUUAUGGAUGAAGGUUCAGAGGUCGAUCGUUGGUCUGAUGUUGCCGGCGCCUCAAUUUCGCUUGACCGCUCCUCGACUGGUUGCACAAGGUCCAUGGUUGGGCCCGUAGAAUCAGUGGGGGCGGAAUCCCGGAACUUUUCCCGGGGGUAGUAUGGAGUACGAACAAUCAAGGGCAUUCGUGAUCGAUAUUUUGGUUUCUCUAUGUCCCCCGCCCUGGUCCAUGUUGUAUUUUCCACAUACUUAGUACCUUUCGUGUAGCAAAGUUGUUCCGUUUACCACGAACCCCAAACAGUAGAAUCGUGCGGUUUGGUGAGAAGUACCCACCCGACCCGUACCGCUUUUCUUGGUUCAUCCUUUAUUUGUCUUCCGGUGUCCCUUGGAGUUUGAGGGGGGGGGGAGGGGGCGGUUACGCGGGGGCGGGAGAGGGACUACUCCUUCUAUGUUUUCAUAUUUUUGAAAGUUUUUUUGUUUUUUUUUCCAAUCAAGAAUGACUGGACGGAGCGAGAGGUGGCAUCGGGUUGCCCCCGACGUGGUGUUGGUUUGGUGCAUGGAUAAUGUGCUUGUUAGAACCUCUUUUUCAUGCAUUGCGGGGCCCAUGGGUGUGAGCACGCGGGUGCAGCGUAAUAUAGAUAAAUAGAAUGACCAAGAGGGAGCGAGCGAGCCCAGACGGUGAACGCGACUCUCUCGACGGUAUUACUCCCCCCAUUUAAUUGUUGGAAUAAAACCAAAUGCAUGUAUGUACUGGCAACGAGAGGUAUUGGUUGUUUGGUUGAUGCUUGUUUUCUUUUUACCAAGGUGAGGCAUGUUUUGGGUGUGUCUCGUUAACGGGGACAGCGAUUGUAGACUAUUGUGAGGCGUGAUUUUCUCUUCUCGGUUCUUUUUGUUGUGCCCUUCGCGACGACACGAGGCAACGACAAAAGCUCUCGUUUUUUUUUCAUGUAUUUGUUUAUUGAUAUGCACAUGACACAACACGCCCCACGUCUGCCUCUUCUUAUCCGUGUUUCUUGUCUAUUGGGAGACGGCUCGUUUUUCGAUUGUGUUGUUUUUGGUUGGAGAAACUUUCUGCAGCACCACGCGCUUUGUUGUUACCGCAUGUUGUGUCGUGCAUGAGUUGGGCGUUUGCAGCAAGCGUGUACGUGGUAAGUCUUGAGCUACACAGGCAGGCGGGAGGAAGAAUCAGGCCCGCUGGUUUGCUCUCCUGUCCGUCUUGUGGUUUGUUUAGUGUUGGUUUGAUAGAGUUCUGAUGAUACUCGCACGGUGUGCCGUACGUCGAGUAGAACAGACGUGGUCAAGCAAUGACAAAAACCUGCUGCCGCUUUUUUUUUUUUUGUGUGUUGUUGUGAACGUGCCGUAGGAGGCUUGAUCUGUUCAUUGCGUGUUGUUUUCAUGUGUGCGCUGGAGAAAGAGGCCGCGGGCGUUAACCAGAACGAAUCGUAGGCAGUAUUACAGCUCGUUUCUUUCGUGCGAUGAAGUACUUCUACAUGGUGACAUUGCAGAAGUGCCGCAGACGCCAACUGUGUUGAAAGUCCUUUUGAAGUCAGGGAGUCAGUAGUCGAUCGAAAACACUGCCACAGCAUCGUAGAGGUAGAACAUCGUUUAGCUGUUGCUUGUUCCUGUCGGCGCUGUUGUAUUUUGCAAGUGAGGAAGAAUGAGGGAAAGCGGUGAGAACGGCGCCUUGUCAAGUAUCUUGGUCGUAGUAAUCAGUGUUAUGUGUUCGGCCACCAGUUACAUGGAGUUUUGUUGCCAGGAAACAGUUUGUAGCCGCGUAUGUUGCUCCAGAGCAGCACGCGCUGCGCCUUUCGUGUACUAGACGAUGCGUAUCCCCCCGCUUAUGUUGGCGAUUUGGGUCUGGUUUUGCUCCCGAGCA